CCUUCCCGCGCCACGCGCCCUCGCCGUUGUCUGCGCUCCGCUCUGGACCAGUUUGAGGGAAGUUGCCCGGGCCCCGCGUCGUCCAGAUGUGCGACCUCAUUGAGCCGCAGCUGGCUGAAAAGAUAGGCAAGAUGAAGAAGUUGCGGAGAACUUUGUCGGAGAGUUUCAGCCACAUCGCUUUGAAGAAAGACGAUACUGCCUUUGAUGAGAUAUGUGUCACCAAGAUGUCCACACGGAACUGCCAGGGGAUGGACUCAGUGAUCAAAUCCCUGGAUACAAUGCCUGAGGAUAAAAAAGUCAGGGUUCAGAGGACACAGAGCACUUUUGACCCAUUUGAGAAGCCGACGAAUCAAGUAAAGAGGGUGCAUUCUGAGAACAAUGCAUGCAUUAAUUUUAAGUCCUCCUCUGCUGGCAAGGAGUCUCCAAAAGUUAGGCGGCACUCUAGCCCCAGCUCGCCGACAAGCCCCAAAUUUGGAAAAGCUGACUCAUAUGAAAAACUGGAAAAGCUAGGGGAGGGAUCCUAUGCUACCGUGUACAAAGGGAAAAGCAAAGUAAAUGGGAAGUUGGUAGCCCUGAAGGUGAUCAGGCUGCAGGAAGAAGGUACACCUUUCACGGCUAUCAGGGAAGUGUCUCUGUUAAAAGGACUAAAACAUGCUAACAUAGUGCUGCUUCAUGACAUCAUCCACACCAAGGAGACACUGACACUUGUGUUUGAAUAUGUGUUUCAGGAUUCAUACUCAAAACAUCAACUACAUCUGCCAAUUACGUCAAGCUUCUAGCACACUGAUUUAUGUCAGUACAUGGACAAGCACCCUGGGGGGCUGCAUCCAGAGAAUGUGAAGUUAUUUUUAUUUCAGUUGCUGCGAGGGCUGUCUUACAUCCACCAGCAUUAUAUUUUGCACAGAGACCUGAAACCACAGAACCUUCUGAUAAGUGACACGGGGGAGUUAAAGCUGGCAGAUUUUGGUCUUGCACAAGCAAAGUCCGUCCCCAGCCACACAUACUCCAACGAAGUGGCUGCCCUGUGGUACAGGCCUCCGGAUGAGCUCCUGGGCUCCACAGAAUAUCCCACCUGCCUUGACAUGUGAGGAGUAGGCUGCCUCUUUGUUGAAAUGAUCCAAGGAGUUGCUGCUUUUCGGGGAAUGAAAGACAUUCAGGAUCAACUUGAGCGAAUAUUUCUGGUUCUUGGAACCCUGAAUGAGGACACGUGGCCUGGAGUCCGUUCUUUGCUGCAUUUUA